ACCGCACGCUGCCCGCGAGUCACGGGAGGAAGAGGAAGAACGUAACCUAGAGGGUGAACCGGGAGGUGGUGUCCAUCUUAUUUACACCGGGGAGCUAAGCCACACACCUGAUCUGUCGUUUUACGGGAGUAUAAACGUUGAACGCCGGGUCUUCAGAGAUGAGCAGCUCAGAGGAAGUGUCAUGGAUCUCCUGGUUCUGUGGACUGAGGGGGAAUGAGUUUUUCUGUGAGGUGGAUGAGGAUUACAUCCAGGACAAGUUCAACCUGACGGGGCUCAAUGAGCAGGUUCCCCACUACCGCCAGGCCCUGGACAUGAUCCUGGACCUUGAACCAGACGAAGAGCUGGAGGACAAUCCCAACCAGAGUGACCUGAUCGAGCAGGCAGCUGAGAUGCUGUACGGCCUCAUCCACGCACGCUACAUCCUCACUAACCGAGGCAUCGCACAGAUGUUGGAGAAGUAUCAACAGGGAGAUUUCGGCUAUUGUCCCCGGGUCUAUUGUGAGAAUCAGCCCAUGCUUCCUAUCGGUCUGUCAGACAUCCCAGGAGAGGCUAUGGUGAAGCUGUACUGUCCUAAAUGUAUGGACGUCUACACACCCAAGUCCUCCAGGCACCACCACACAGAUGGAGCCUACUUUGGCACUGGCUUCCCCCACAUGCUCUUCAUGGUUCACCCUGAGUACAGGCCCAAGAGGCCCGCCAACCAGUUUGUCCCAAGGCUGUACGGGUUCAAGAUCCACCCCAUGGCCUACCAGCUGCAGCUGCAAGCAGCCUCCAGCUUCAAGAGCCCCGUCAAGGCCAUGCGCUAGAGCGUCCACGACCGAAGAGGAGGAUUUGUAGAGAGAAGAUGGGAAAGAAAUUAUCAUCAGAAGGAGGAGGGGUCACCUGCAUUUUACAAAGCUUUCCAGGUGCCCCCUCCCCACCCUGAAGACUGUAUUAUUUUGGUUUAGAUUAGGGCAAAUGAAAAGGUGUAAAGAUUUUUGAGUGUGAGCGAGACAUAGAACUGCACAGCCAUGAUCUUAAUCACAAACAAACACACAUAUACACACACACGUAUACACACAUGCACACAUACAUUUGAAAACAAUGCAUACACACACUUGGGAUUCCAUGCACGUACCUUACCAAACUGUUCAGUGCCAAAAACAGGAGGUGAAGUCAGAGGAAGCUGAACAAUAACAUGGGUCUCCAAGCUGCUUCUGCUGUUCACACACUAUACGAGCACACUGAGAAAACGAUAGAACAGGUGGGUCGGCGCGAUAGCUGCAUCAGUUUUCACCUUGGGCCCUGUAUUUGUUCUGUAUUUGGCACAGUUUGGUAAAGGGUGGUGGUAAACCCUCCAUCUUUGGAAGCCUCCUCUCCCCAUUGCCCCCUCCUUCCCCCAUCAGCUCUCCCCCAAAUGCAUGUACACUCAGGCUGGCAUUCGCAGCGACAGUUUGGAAGGUGGCGACGGGUGUGUUUUUUUUUUUUUUCUUUGUCCCUCGUUCUGUUUUGCUUACUGGUUUGUCUGCUGUUUUGUGGUGUUGUUGCACAAAGCGUUCUGUUGAAUUUGCCUUAAGAUUCAGACGAAACACCCAGAUGGUUUUUGUUUUUCAGGAGGCACAAGUAAAAGUAGUUUGUUUUUUUUCUUUCUUUCUUUCUGCUUUUAGGAAGUAAAGUAGAAAUAGAUUAAAGUAACACGAGUUUCUGAAUCAAGACAAUUGUAAUCAGCCUGUGUCAUUUCUCCAGCUGUCUGUGCGUGUGUCAAACAUCUGUCUGUAUUGAGACCGAAGUAAAAAAUAUAACCCUUUUUUUUAAUACCACUCAAACGGUGCUAGCACACACGGCUGGUUAGCUUAGCAUAAAGACUGAGGAAUCCUGGACUCAUUUAUUAACAAAUUAAACUUGUUUACAGCACAGGUUAACCGUUACCAGUACGCCACAUAACCAACUACAACAUGCCAGUUAAACUAACACAUUAUGUUGUUUGUUUAGUCUGUACUUGGACCCAAAGUGUAAAAAAGACUAUUUGUUGUUUUACCGGGGGGGUUGUGUUGUGGUUAGCAGUUGCUAAGCAACCAUUAGUGACUCAAGGAAGUUACUUGUUGGUUAGCACUUGCUAAGCAACUAGUUUUUGUGUUGUUUUUUUUAAACAAACGAUGGUGCAAAGGUGUUGCCAGGCUAGUUGUUUCCCCUCAUUUCCAGUCUUUGUGCUAAGCUAAGCUAACCGGCUGCUUGUGGUAGCUUCAUAAGAUAAUAACUCUUUUCAUCUACGUCUGCCUGAAAUGUAAUAUUUCCCAAAAUGUCAAACGAUGCCCGUAAAGAUCAAGGAGGAGACUCAGAGAAAGAGGAAUUUCGACAAUCUGAAUCCUUCAGCUCACUCCACCACUGCACUGAUCCUACUGGUGUCGCUCCACAGCACAGUCUCAUUAUUUAUGUUCGGUUUAGAGACAGUCAGACCACCAGCCGCUUUUAUUUGUUCGUAUGUUUUUGAAAAACCGUGGGGCAGAUACUCAGCCGCCCUCCCUUCACUCUCCACUUCUGUCUUUUUUUUGGAUUUCAUGAUACAAGAGAAACUGUAUUUAUGUAUCCAGAUUUUAAACUAAUGUUUGUGUUGUUGUUGUCUUUCUGCAACUGUGGGAGGGUGAGCAGGAUUCAGAAUUCUCAAUAAACUUCUAUUUUCUUUU